AUGGACGAGGAGAAAGUUGCUCCUGUCAAAUUUGAAGACGAGGAGGAAGAACUUCCAUUCGAUGUUGAGAAAUUCAAUACAUUCUGCGGGUCAGUGGAAGUUCCAAUGGAUUCGAUAAUUAUACUCACUAGAAAGGCUCGUGGCAGAAAGCUUUUGUCCCUCAAUCAUGCACUCCGAGAAUUUACGACUGCGAUUCGUGAACUCGGGUCAUUUUCUCUGCUCGUUGAGUACGCCUAUGAGGUGCGAAAGUACCUUGCACGGGUUCUACGCGUCUUCCGCGAGAAUGCAGCCGAUCUUUUUCCCAAUGCGCGUCUCGAGGAGCCCGGAGAGAUUGUUCCUGCGGAUCACAUACCGUUACGUCCGCCACGCUCCAAAGCGGGGCCAGCACGAAAGCUACGCAAAAAGAACCUGCUUCACGACGAAAGAGAUGAUGGGGGUAGGAUCCCUGAGUUGCUGCGAUCACUUGCAUAUGCAUUCCAGGCCUUUCGUGUGUGCUUGAACCAGAUCCCCGACAUUCCGGACGAGGCUAUAAAUCCUUCAAUCGUUAGCUUUUACGCUGACCUAAGAUAUUGGUCAACGACACUGGAACAAUAUACAGGGCAGUUCCGAUCACCGUCCGUGCAACGGUAUCUGAACGAUUUGACGGGUGAGAUGUGCCAACAUUUUGAUGGUCUCACGGAGGCGCUUGUUGAUUUCAAGAAGUAUGGGAUAUCAAGGGUCCGCGAAGCCCAGCGUCGCGGUGCUGAAGGCAUCUCGAAUCGUUCAACUGUAGCAGCACUUGUGGCUGGGGUCGCCGCCACUGCAAUACAGUUCAGCUACACGGCACCCCCAACAAGGACGAACAAGGCGGUGAAUUUUUGCUGGGUUACAGCACUCCUCUUCUCGCUAGCAAGUGCAAUUAACAGCCAACUCGCAUACUAUUGGCGUACGGCGAUUUACCAAACAUCACGAUCUUACAUGCCUUUCUACAUCAGCGUCUGGAUAAACCUUACACCGCUCUUGCUCCUUGUGCUAUCCGGCCUUGCCUUUAUGAUUGGCUUGAUUUGUUUUACAUUCUCCUACUUCAGCCAGGCUCGAUUUAUAGCGAUCUUCGUGACUGUGUGCACGUCCCUUUUGUCUGCGGCUUUCCUCAUGGUUAUGGUCUGGCUGAUGCGUGAAGGGGAUAAGGGGAGGGCACGGAGGAAAAGCGCAUUAGAGGCACGUAUCGAGGCUACUUUCCCCUCGAGGUUCGCCCCACUCGAUUGGCUAACAGAUGCGGCCAUGCUUGUGCCUUCCGGAGCGGGUAACUUGAUCCGAGCGGCCAAUCAGUGGAAGUCUCAGCAUCCAGGGGCAGGUGUGUUUAAUAUCGAUGACCCCUCCGUCCCGAAUGUCAGUGCCGCUCCGGGUAGCCAGCCAGUGCUAUCACGUCAACCAUCACCCGCUGGUGAUACGCGGCGUGAUGUGAACGAUUCUGCCUCGCAUGUUGCUCCCAGGGAGUCUGGUGACCUCGGCGGUGCGGAGCAAGGCACAUCGAGGGCGGAAUUGCCUCCUGAAGGCGCUCUGCCUCACCUUCCGAGUCAGAGCGUUGCACCCACACCUCGGCGAAUCCGAACAUUCAAGAAUUUGGUGAACAGGAUUGUUCAACAGAACCAGACAUCUAGCGGCGCUUCACGGAGUCCAGUGGUAGCUCCUUCUAAGUCCCCCCACGAGGGGGUAGCCCAGAGCAUUUCUGAGAUGAGACAAAAAAAUUUCCACCCGCCGGGGGUUAUCACGGAGUCUCUCAAGACCUGGAUUACUAUACAAUCUUGGAAGCAAAAUGACGGUGCGGUUCAACAUUUGCAGUUUAGUCCGAACGGAAGGUAUCUACUGUGUUCAUGGGAGCGAAGAACGGUCAUCCGCUCGGUCGAUGAAUCGAUCAUGAUUCCUGCAAGAAUGUUGGAAGGCAAAGAUACCUACAAUCAAGUCGUGUGGUCGCCGAAUAGCAAGUAUCUUCUGACACGGACCGCCCGCAAUAUCAAAAUUUGGAAGGCGGAGGAUGGUACUUGUCAAAAGACGAUUGACCGGCGUCAGGACCUUCAAUCUGUCUGCUGGAUGCCAAAUAGCCGCUCCUUCCUUUAUGUGGACGAGACAUUUAUUUACAUCUCAGACGUGGGAAAAGACAAUGAUCGGGUUUUGUCUAAUCCCCGCUUGGAGCACAUGCGUCUUGCUGUUGCCCCAGACUCGACUAAGCUUGUCGUUGUUGGUACGUUGCAGUCCGCAAAUGGAUGGGAACCCUUGAAGUCCCGCCCCGAAAAGCAAAUCAUUGUCUAUAACCUAGGCGAUCUGAAAAGAGUAUCUCUUUAUCAUCAGGCACCCUUCCUCGAUUCAAUUUCUGAUGUGACUUUGUCAAUAUCUGGUGAUCUCGUACUGAUCAGUUACGAUGACAGGUCUCCACACCGCCUCCUCCAAAUCAAGACUGAUACUAGCCAACCGCGCCUUGUCCGCCGAUGCACAUAUGUCACUCCCAAAAGGAUUGACUUCAUUGGACCUGCUCAGUUUGGUGAUGUUUCUGCGGCGGUCGAAACAGCACGAGAUCUUUUCGUUUUACACGGUGAGAUAUACAUUUGGGAUCGCCAAACGGGUCAAUUGUUGCACACCUUACAUACUUCAGAGGAUGGGCUCCAGCUGAAUUGCAUGGCGUGGAAUCAGGCUGGCGAGAACCAACUCAUGUUAGCUGCUGGGGCUCGUGAUGGAACAGUCCGUAUCUGGACAGCGUCGUUGCCGCUGCCACCCCAACAGAACCCGCUCGUGGAGGUCCCAGAAAUCGAGAAGCCUCCUCAAGGUGAAGGCGACCCUUCACCCACAGCUAUUGUUGAAGGAACUAGUGGAGAUAUUCAAGAGGUGGUCGUACCUGUACGAUUCCCAGAGGAUAUAGUAUAA